AAGCCCACCCUCUCCGUCCAACUUUCAUCUCAAGUAUCAAACAGCAGCCCCUUUCCAACAACCGCAACCAUGGGAGGCGAUCUCAAUCUUAAGAAGUCAUGGCACCCAGUGCUCAUGUCCAACCAAAAGAAAGUCCACGACGCCGAGAAAAAAGCGCUGGACGAGCGCAGAAAGACCGAGCAAGUCCUCAAAGAGCGCGCCGAAGAACGUGCGAUCGAAGAGUUGCAACGGCUCCAAGAAGCUGCGGGCGGGAAGAAACGGGUGGACAAGGUAGAUUGGAUGUACAAUGGCCCCGGCUCCGGCUCGGUCGGAGUAGGUGGUGGUGUCAGCGAGGAGAUGGAAGGGUACUUACUGGGAAAGCGACGGUUGGACGGAUUAGUCAAGACGAGGGAGGUAGAGGCUGUCAAGAAGCAGACGGAUUGUACGGAGGGUGGGUUCAUGGCGUUGAAUGAGAAGGCGAAUACGGCGAGGGAUACGGCGGCUAAGGUGGCGAGUGAUCCGAUGUUGGCAAUUAAGCGGCAGGAACAGGCGGCAUAUGAGACGGCAAUGAGUGAUCCGGCGAGGAGGCGGGCGUUGAUGCAGGCGGCAGGGAGGGAGGAGGAGGGGGAGAAGGAGAAGGAGAAGGAAAGGCGGCAUAGCAGGAAGCAUCGGCACAGGCAUCGGGACGACGAAGAUGGCCGUAGGGGCAAGCGUAGGCGCUACAGCGAUGAGUAUGAAGAGCGUGACGCGGGCAGACAGCGUUCGCACCGGAAUCGGAGGCGGUCGCCGUCAGUCACGCCUUCCAGGUCAAGGUCGCCCGUCAGGAGAAGGCGCGAUGAUGUAGAUCGCCGUGAACGCCAAUACCGCUCAAGGCAGGAGAAGAACGACAGAUACUCCCGCUCACGCACUCCACCUCGGCGACGACGCGAUGACGAGCGCGAAGACCGGAGACGAUCGUACCCCAGCCCACGCCGCUCUGGCUCGUCAGACUCUCGUUCGCGGUCACCAUAUCAGCGCCGGAGCGAGGACAGCAAUCACCGUCACCGCCGCUCGCCGGUACGGGAGCUCGGCAGCAAGCGCAAGCCUUACAGCUCGCCGCCCAAUGAUGAGAGACACGAGGAAGCCGAACGCGCUGCAAGGCUCGCUGCGAUGCAAUCAAACGCUUCCGAGCUGGAAGCUGAACGCAGCUCUAGGCUUGCAGCUGUUGCGAACAGGGAGGCCAGGCAGCGCGAGGAAGAUGAUACGAAAAGGUCUGAGAAAGGUCGGUUCGUGGGUAGUGUAAGGAGGGAUGCUGAGGCGGUUGAUUUGGGAAGAAGACUGCAGGGUCGGCGGGGCGGAAGUGGAGAAGAUUAUUGAAUGCUAGCGUCGCCUAUUUGCGAGAGCUGAUUGUUCACGAUACUGCAGCAAGGCCUUCCAGGGUCUUUCCAGCUAGUCUAUGUCAGCGUUAUGCCGCUUGCCGAGCUCGUAGCGACAAUAGGUGUGUUGAAAGAUGUAUCUAUCGACAUAUCAAGACUGUAUGAGCCCUUCCACCCUUCUAGCCUCCAUGCCGUGCUUCCAUCCUCGCCAUCGUAGAUGCAUGGCCCGUUGGGCGUUGCACCGUAAAAGGCAGGUGAGUUCGGCGGGGUCGGAUCGAAGGUUGCGCAAACGUGGGCCCAUGCUGGCUUCGGCUUCGGUGCUAAGAUUAGCCUCCGCCCAGAUCGC